UUGGUUGUUUUUAUUUACUCUUUGAUUUUCAUUUCUGAAGUUGAACUUUGAAGUGGUUUUGUGGUUUUUGUCCUAAUUAAAGCAAAAAACGAUAUUUUCGGCAAAAUUUUAAAUCAGAUUACACCGUGAUAGCUUUCUAUAUUGAUUUAACACCUUGAGAAUUGUUGGUCAAGAUGUCGGAGUCUGAACCACAAAACAAUGGCAACGUAGAACAAAGAACCAACGGUGAUGGCGAUGGCGAUCAAGGCGACGCAUGGGGUAGCCACGAUUCAUCUGCUGCACGGCCGUAUGGAAAAAUGCCUGUUGAUCGUAAUGCACCUUAUUAUAACAUGAAUCAUAAAUACCGCGGCAUGGCGAUCAUAUUCAACCACGAACAUUUUGAUAUACAUAGCCUGAAGUCACGCACUGGCACUAAUGUAGACAGUGACAAUUUGGCUAAAGUUCUUAAAAAUCUAGGAUUUAGAGUCACCGUUCUUCAUAACUUAAAAUCGGAAGAUAUAAAUCAUUACAUUCGGCAAACUGCCGACAUGGAUCACUCUGAUAAUGAUUGCUUGCUCGUUGCAGUACUAACACACGGUGAACUAGGCAUGUUAUAUGCUAAAGAUACACAUUACAAGCCUGAUAAUCUUUGGUAUUAUUUCACUGCAGACAAAUGCCCAACCCUUGCUGGUAAACCUAAACUUUUCUUUAUUCAAGCAUGCCAGGGUGACAAGUUGGAUGGUGGUAUAACAUUAACUAAUCGCACAGAAACUGAUGGCUCUUCUAGUGCUUCAUAUCGGAUUCCUGUUCAUGCUGAUUUCCUCAUAGUAUUUUCUACUGUACCAGGAUACUAUUCCUGGAGGAACACAACACGAGGGUCAUGGUUUAUGCAGGCUCUGUGUGAGGAGCUACGUUAUUCUGGCUCAGAAAGAGAUAUUCUCACUUUACUUACAUUUGUAUGUCAAAAAGUGGCUCUUGAUUUUGAAUCUAAUACUCCGGAUAUGCUGACCAUGCAUCAGCAGAAGCAAGUGCCCUGCAUCACCAGCAUGCUUACAAGAUUAUUAAUAUUUGGAAACAAGAAGUAAAGAAGAAUUAUUUCUAACAAGAUGUUAGUAUACUGAUGAUGAUAUUAGCAUGCAAAGGGAUAAUAUAAAAAUAUCAACUAGGAAACAUCCAUUCCUAUUUUAGCAAUUUAAUUAGCUGUUAUCUCCGUGGUCUUUAUUUGUUUUACCCUAAGUAAUUGAACCAAUAAUGUAACUAGAUUAAUUUUGUUUCCUUUAUGUUAUAGUUUGGUAAAUCUAUUUUAUUUUGAAUGUUAGUCUGGAAUCACAUAAUUAAAAUUGUUUUUUAACAAUUUUAGUAAUGUUCCUGCAUUUUUAGUUAUAUGAAUUUUGUUGUGGCAUUUCCUUUGUGAUAUAAGAAUCUUGAUUAUACAAUUAAGAAGAAGUACAGUGCAAUGCUUAAGUUGUACCAGUGGUAAAAAUAUGAAUUUAAAUUUAAAUGUGCUUUCUUGUUACUCACAAGCAUCUAAAUUUGAACUUAUUGUUAAGACACCAAAUUGUUAUUAAUUAAUUCACAAAGACAUUGCAAUUAAUUUAUGCUCAAAUUUGUAAUUUUAGAAUAUUAGCACAGUAGGGUUCUUGCAAAAAAUGUUAUUAUAAAAAAAGUACAGUACUUAAACAUUUCAACUAUAUAGUUUCUAUAUAGAAAUAUGAACAAAUAACUGUUUUCUUAAGUUUUUAUGAAUUAAUGUAAACUUUUUAUAAUAUGUAAUACAUAUCAAUGCAAACAUAGUCAUACCAAUAUUAUUUGCUUUUAUUUGCAAAACAAUAUUUACAGUAUUCAUAUUUAAUUGGGCAAUAAGAAAUAUGAAUUAUUUAGUUUGUACAUCUGGUAUGGUUUACAAUCUCAAUAAAUAUUAGAAUAUUAUAGCUGUAACUUUUAGAUUAUUUCAAACAUAACUAAACAGCACAAAACUGGUUGUGUUAAUGAGAAAAAAUAAAAUGGUGCAAUCUACUUUUAAACAUGAACCAUAUUUCAAAAUAUGUAGAACAAAAAACCAUUUACAUUUGCACUUUAUGAGUUAUUAUUUUAUAUCUGCAUAAUAUAAAUAUAUAAGUUAUGCCAAAUCCCACCACUUUUAUGUAUUUAAAAUCUCAGUUCUGAAACUCCUGAUCUGUUAGUUUUAAUACAUAGAAUAGUCUGUAUGUUUUGGUAUAUUUCUAAAAACAUUUUGCCCUAAGUGAUAUCAGAGAUUUGUUAUUUUUCCAAGGUUCAUUCUGUUACAUAAUAGUUUAGUCAAUCUUAAAAUUUUUAAUAAUUAGGUUUAGUGGUAAUAACUAACUGCCAUAUUAAUAAGAAUUACUUUGCCUUACAAUUUAAUAAUUUAUAGAAUAUGUUCAACUAAAUUUGUUUUGAUUAAAAGUCCAUUAUGAAUGUAGCGGUGUGGCCACCAGAGUUUGUGAUAAUGAUGUCGACUGAUUUUAUGUAUAGAGUUAAAAUAAUGUUUGAUAUGAAGAGUCUGCGAGAUCAGGCAAAGUAAAUAAGAUUGGACAUUAAGCCCUUUACACAUCUUUGAUUUUAACUGUUGUUUAAUAAUUCAGUAAAAACUAAAGGUGUGUUGUGGGAUCUACAAAGUAGUGCCUUGAUAAAUGUUUUAUGAUUUAAAUUAUUACAUACGUAAUUAUCAAUAAAAUUGAACGCAAUACUCUUCAUAGAUAUUCAGCAAUAAAAGAUAUUUGGUUCACAAAAUUAUUUUUUUAUAUCUUGUACGAGCAAUAAAAGUAACUUCCAAGUUCAAA